GAAUCUGCGUGCCAACAUUAAUUAAGCAUCUGUUCGACAAUCCUUUGGAGAUACAAUAUACAUAUAUUUUGCUUCACUGGACAUGCUUCUUGAGAUUACUGCAUUUGAAUCCGGGAAUGGCCGGAGGUGUAUAUAGUCGAGUCCAGUCAAGCUCCACGUCACGGGCUAUGGACAGGGAGAUCGACAGCGUGUUGCUGAUCGUGGGUCGACCAAACCUUCUAGGAGUUCCACUGGUUGACUUGCUUAACAGCAAAAACAGCAAUAUAUCCAAUUUUAAUGUUGAUGCUCCAUGAGAAAAGUAUAUGGUCAAACCCCAUGUGGUGCCAGUGCCCUUUAGUUAGUUACCAUUCAAUGUGCCAGAGUUGAUCAUAUUUUAUUGAGUGAUGCCUCUUGAUCAUACAAAUAAAACGGCCCCGUUUGACAGAGGAUAUAAGAAACAACUAAAACGAUUCUCCAAGUGCAGGACUAAGGAAUCAGAUCCUCGAACACCGGCACUGUUUCAUCCUCUGAUUGUAUCGAAUCCUUUCCCACAGCAAUCCUAUCGGUUCUUCCUCAGCAGGUACAACUUCCCCUCAGCAGAAUCUAGGACAUGUUCUAUAUCUGCUGACAAACUGUCUCAUCAGUAUGCUGUUGCCACCCAAGUUUUGGUCUUGUUUCUUGUUUUCCUGGAACUAUUUUGCAUGAUCUCCUUCUAUGCUGCAGAGAACAUGUCCGAAACGGUCCUCGAGCUUCCUGUCCUAGACAUGUCUCUGCCACUGGAAGCUGACCAGUCUCUCCUCGCGCCUGUAGCUGAUGCCUGCAGGAAAUGGGGAUUCUUCCUCAUCACCAAUCAUGGAGUCUCCGAAGAGCUCUACUCCAAAGUCAAGAACCUCUGCAAGCAGCUCUUCAGCCUCCCUCCAGACACGAAGCUCAAGCUCGGCCCUUUCUCCUCCGUCAAGUCCUACACUCCGCAUUUCAUAGCCUCCCCUUUCUUCGAAAGUCUCCGUGUCUCAGGACCUGACUUCUUCUCCUCUGCUCAGAGCUCCGCCGAUGUUCUGUUCGAUCAACAAAAACAGGAGUUCUGCAACGUGCUAGAAGAAUAUGGCAGCAAAAUGGCGGAUUUGUCCAAGAAAAUUGUACAGAUAAUGCUAAAGAUAUUGGGAGAAGGCUCUGAGAACAAAUACUACGAGUCUGAUUUCAAGAACUGUCACGGGUACUUGAGGGUGAACAACUACUCACCUCCAGAAACUGUUGAAAACCAGGAGGUUGAGGGGCUGGGGCAGCAUACAGAUAUGAGCUGCAUCACGAUCGUGUACCAGGACGAGAUAGGAGGGCUCCAGGUGAGAUCACAAAGUGGCAAAUGGUUUGACAUAAGCCCCCGAGAGGAAAUCCUAGUCGUGAACAUUGGGGACCUGCUGCAGGCUUGGAGCAACGACAGGCUCAGGUCAUCAGAGCACAGGGUCAUGUUAAAGGCACCGAGAAACCGCCUUUCCCUUGCAUUCUUCUGGUGUUUUGAGGAUGAUAAAGCGGUGACCUCGCCUGAUGAGGUCGUGGGAGAGGGGAGUGUAAAGCUUUACAAGCCCUUCAGGGCGGUAGAUUACAUAAAAUUCCGGGAAAGUAGCGAUCCUGGAAAGUUCGAGAAAGUCGGCUUCACUGUCAAAGGCUUUGCUGGGAUCAAUCAAUUAGAUGUCACACAAUAAAGAGCUUCUCUUCAAGCCAUAGUCAUGGACGAUCGAGAUUUCUUUAUUGCUUCUGAUUAUGUCCUUGUGAGUUUGUAUUUGGAGUAUGAGCAGUAAUCAGAGAAAGAGUGACAUCCCCCUUCUCUUGAUUCAUUCUGCAAUAUUAACUUCCAACUGGCAAGUACUUGCUGGCACCAGAAUGAAAGGAGGACCACAUGAACGCGGAGUAUAACGGCACUAACAGCUUGUUUGGAUUGUGGGUAGUGAUUCAUAACUCAUUCCUUCAUAAUCCGUCAUAGUCUGCAAUCUAAACAAGCCAUCAGAGUCUAAAGAGUCGAAAGCAACAGCUGGUUUGACUUCAUCCUGUUGAUGUCUCCCCAUGAUAUUCUUUUUGUUUCAUAGAGGUUUCGUGUGACCAAAGAGAGAUCUCACAUAAAUUAAUGCAGAGAGUUGGCACUAACCAUGCAACCAACUAGCUUGGCAGUUGACAGUUCAGUUUGGCAUGAAACGGGGUCAAAUGGCACCAUUGGUCCUCCAAAUUGGGGCUUUUUUCGAUUUAAUCCAUCAACUUUUAACAAUCAAAUUGACAAUAUGCAGACACAGUAAGUACCCAUUUUGCAAUUUUACCUGAAUAUAACGCAGAACCCUGCCCAUUUAUGUGAUGUGCAGCGAGAAAGCACGUGUACAACCAUGUGUGUUCUUGCCGAAAUAUUUGUCGUAGUGGUCCGGCAUCUCGAAGUUUUAGCUCAUGAAAAUGGAGCACUUCUCACAAAACUUCAAGGACUUGUUUAUGCCCGAACUCCAAACCGGUGCUUGUAUAGUUGAACAGAUCAUUGUCGAUUUCUUAUUGUCUCUAGGAAAGUAGACUGUUCAGAUGCUCCAUUACAGAGAAAAAAAAACUCAUCCAUUUGAAUCAAACAAUACAUAGUAAUGAGAUUCAUGCACAACUACAGCUCAACUACUACAGAGAAGGAUUCAAUUCAUUACCGAGAAGGAUUCCUACACAAU